GACAUCACGUGACAGGUAACAAGUGUGAGCUGAACAUUUGCUAUACCAGGUCUGCAGAGCUGAGCGUGUAGUCUACCUGCAGGCUGCUCAGAGCCACAUCCUCUGCAGAACACGCCCUGGUACAAAAGGUACACACACACACUGAGCCUGAGCACUGAGGAGCCGAGCUGCUUACCUGCAACAACAGCCCCAAUGCCCCACCGCAGGCCCUCAGCAGCGGACACCUACCAAAUGAAAGCAGGACGACACUUUGGAUUGUCCCGAGGAGCUCUAUUCACGUGUGCAGCUCGGAACACCUGGACCGCCCGCGGGGCUCGGUAGAAGUAACACAGCAGUAACCCCGGCGGGCUGAGAGCAGCACCAUGAGUAGGAAGACUCGGCGCUGGAUUUUCCAUUUCUUCCUGUGCCUUGGAGUAUUUUAUCUGAACAUCGGGGGUCUGUCAUCGGUGGUUGCACUGGGAGCGAGCAUCAUCUGUAACAAAAUCCCCGGCUUGGCCCCCCGGCAGCGGACUAUCUGUCAGAGCCGGCCCGACGCGAUCAUCGUGAUCGGAGAGGGGGUUCAAAUGGGGAUCAAUGAGUGCCAGUUUCAGUUCAGACACGGCCGCUGGAACUGCUCGGCCCUGGCGGAGAGGACCGUGUUCGGGAAGGAGCUCAGAGUGGGCAGUAAGGAGGCUGCAUUCACCUACGCUAUCAUUGCUGCUGGGGUGGGCCAUGCAGUGACUGCGGCUUGCACCCAGGGGAGCCUGAGCGGCUGUGGCUGCGACAAGGAGAAGCAGGGUUUCUACAACCAGGAGGAGGGCUGGAGGUGGGGUGGCUGCUCUGCAGACAUCCACUACGGCCUGGGUUUCUCUAAGGUGUUUGUGGACGCGCGGGAGAUCAAGCAGAACGCCAGGACUCUCAUGAAUUUACAUAACAAUGAAGUGGGACGCAAGCUCCUGGAGAAGGGCAUGCAUCUGGAGUGCAAGUGUCACGGUGUGUCAGGAUCCUGCACCACCAAGACGUGCUGGACGACGCUCCCCAAGUUCCGUCAGCUGGGAUACAUGCUCAAGGACAAGUACAACCAGGCCGUGCACGUGGAGCCGGUACGAGCCAGCCGCAACAAGCGCCCCACCUUCCUAAAGAUCAAAAAACCCCACUCCUACCGUAAACCCAUGGACACAGAGCUGGUCUACAUUGAGAGGUCGCCCAACUACUGCGAGGCCGACCCUCUGACCGGCAGCGUGGGAACACAGGGUCGCCUGUGCAACAAAACGGCUCAGCAGCCCAACAGCUGCGACCUGAUGUGUUGCGGUCGAGGAUAUAACACACACCAGUACUCACGCGUUUGGCAGUGCAACUGCAAGUUCCUGUGGUGCUGCUACGUGAAAUGCAACACCUGCAGUGAGAGGACAGAGGUGUAUACCUGUAAAUAGAAAUAUUUAUUGGAUGUGUAUUUAGACGCACAGCAACACUGGACUGCGUGUGAAUGUGCGUGUUGGUAAUGUAUUUCAGAAUAAGGGUUCUCUGUGGUUGAUACACUCAUGCAGAGUGACUGUCUUACUGCCUUGGCAUUGCAGCAAUCACGACAGACUGUUCCUCCAAUGAGUGUUGAUUAUUCGGAUGCCAAUGGACAUCUACCCAUGACACUGGACCAUACUUAUGAGCUCAUACAUUGAAUGCCAUUUCCUGCCCCAGGCUUGCCUUCUAUGCAGGCCAUAUUGGCAUGACUUACCUCAAAUAGUGAUAGUUUUUUUUGUAGACUAAUAAUAUAUUAUUAAAGAUGAUUUAGAAAAUUCACUGUUGACUAAAUCUGGUAAGGUUUUAAGUUGGUGUAGAUGCCUUUAAGUGCACUUAAAAGCAAAACCUAUUUUAUUUUAUUUCUUUUUUGUAACAAGACAUUGGAGCUAAAAACUGAAACGGAAUGACAUAUUUGGGGGCCUGCAGCAUAUGUGCAUUAAGCCCAGCAGAAGAACAUUAAACUACUGAUCCUGGGCUCGGUAUAUGAUGAUAUUGUUUUCUACUUGUUUCUGUCCCCCGUCUCCGACAGUUUGCUGCUAGUUGUCUGGAAAGUUACAGAGUUUGUGACUGAGCAGCCAUAUUGACACUUCAAGCUAAGUUGACACCACCAGGAGCAAACGCGAGCUUCCAGACAAACAUUCCCCACAAUGUUGGUUGAUAGAAUAUAUUUUGUAAGAGAUUAUUUUUAUAUAAUAUUUUGUUUUAUUUAUUUUCUAUCGCUAUGUAAGAUAUUUUCCCUUAGCAUGUCUAACUUUUCAGUUACUGAGUUUACCACUCAAACACUGUUUUAAAAAUGUGCCUUGUUCCUCAUCAGCAAAACAUAAUGAUGUUAUAAUGAAAUAUGCCACAUUGUGAUUUGUAACCCAUGUCAGGAAACUUUAUGUCACCUUGCUUUGUUACCUACAGGGAGCCAAAGAGACCUGGCUAGCUGCUGCUCCACGAUUGUUAGCUUAGUGUAUAUGACUCAGCUAUCUUGUGUUUCUUUUAUCUCUUCUGAAGAAGUAAAAUGUGUUUUUGUUGUUUACUAUCCAUAUUCUAAGUUAAACUACUUUCUACUACAGCAUUUGUCAUUAAACUCUGAACCCUUGUUAAUUUGAACAAACCCAAACAAAUGAAUUUGUUAGCAUACAAAAACUACAGCUAUUAUAGAUUUUUAACAGCGUGUUACGCCUUACUAGUAAAACAACAUUGUAACUGUUGAUCUCUUCCUUAUCUAUGAGUUCCACCCACAGUCUUUUUGUCAUCUUUACAUCUUUUUAGCUGUAAGCUGUGCUUACUAAAGACGUCUGCAUCAUUCUGCCACAACUAGCUGCAGCCACUUUAUUGAGUUGGGGAUUUGUGUAACCUGCAAAGGUAUUCAAUGGUGUUUGUUAAACGCUGCUAAAAACAGAAGAAAAACAAAAAAUUCAUUCAUAUAAGCUUUUUAAUGGAUCCAUGUAGACAUAUAGAUUGAACCACAUGACAUACUGUUGAAGGUUAUAUUCCAAGGCCACAAAUGUGACGUGACUUUAGAAACAGAAUCUGGGAGUUACCGUUUCACUUUGGCUCUCUAUAAGGUUAAGCUGUGCUUUUCUUGCUCUUUGUCCAGUCUAUCUCCAACACCAACUAGGGCUGGGUAUCAUUUCAUAUAAAUAUUGUUUGGUCUUUUAUUAGACAGUCAAAGUAGAGAGAUUGAUGGAGUACAUGAACAUUGUUUAUUGUCGGCGCCAUAACCCCUACACCAGGGGUGCCCAAAAGGUCGAGUGCAGUGCGGGUAAAUCGCGCACCGUUUAAAAAUAAAUAUAUAUAUAUAUAUAUAUUUCCCCAACGGAACCCUGUGCCCCCUGAACGUUAGUUUUUUUCUUGCCUGGCGGGUUCACAUUCCCUCCACUCGCUCCCACAAACACACACGAGCGCACACACCUACAGUUGGAGACAUAGCGGAGGAAAGGAGAGGAGUGAACUACGCAGCAUUUUUAACAGGUAGAUCACUUGGACCUGGUCAUAUUUUCUGUACCAAUUAAAAAAAAUUAAAUAAAGUUUUGAUGUAGAUCAUAAAAUAUCUGAUUGAGUAAUAGAUAAACCAGACACUGAAUCCAGACCAAGCAUUCAAUCCCAAAUAUUAGCACACGUUUUUGAUAUAAAGGGGUGUGUUAGCCAGCCCUAAAACUUCAACAUAAAACAACCAAUUCUAACUGGGAUAACAGUUGUGAUUGUAAAGUAUCAUAAUAUAUAGACUAACCUCUCAGGAUGGGUAUGGUUGCAGUUCUGUCGUUUGGUUAUUAUAAAGAGUUUCAAGUGAAGAGCAAGUUAAUACUGACUCAGUCCUCAUUAAAGCUUGUUAUAUGUGAUUGAACUGAUGAAAUUAUAUUAUCCAACUGCUCUUAAAUCAGAGGUCAUUGUUGACAUAUUUCAAGUAAAAGCACAUGUGUAUGUCUUUUCUUCUUCGGUUAAUAAAUGUUG